UCCAACCAGAAGCCUGGGGCUGCCUGUAGGAGGGGAAAUACGGUACUGGUGCCUGGCUCCCUCCUCCCUCUCCUCUUUUUCUCCUUCCCCCAUCCUUCCCAGGCCUCAGUGAGCUGGUAAGUGAAGCUCCUGCCUGCUGCCAGCCACCAGCCAAGCCCGGCCUUGUGGACAACAAGGAGAACCCCAGGCAAGUUGCCUGCUCCCAGGAUGAGGAAGGAGAUGCAGGAGCCAGAUCUGCAAAGGCUGCUGGGCAGGCCUCCAGAGCCUUGGGACGGCGAUGGUGCCGAGGACAAGGACCGGAGGACGACCGUCUCUGCGCGUCCCGCUGCAGCAUUUGUGUCCCAGACUCCGGAGGCAACAUUUUCCGCGACUGGAAAACCGAAAUCGACUUCCUGCUCGUGAGGGAGGACAAGCUGCGACCCCCGCGGCGGGCGUGGUGACAGCGACUCCUGCAAGCGGAGCUGGCGCGAUAAGUUCCAGAGGAACCUGAGCGCGCCGGGCUGCUCCUGGAGGAGGUGGCAGAGAUCCUGGCCCGAACAAUCUAUGGGAAAGAGAAACGUGCAGAGAUGGUCAUGGCCCGUCUGCUGACCGAGGGAGUCUACACUGCAGCCUUCCCACUGCGUGAGCUGGGCUAUCUCUUUGACCAUCUGGGAACUGUGUUCUUUAGCAUCUUCAUGUGCUUCUGGGCCACGGCCUUCCUGGAGCACUGGAAGCACAAGAGUACCACCUUGGCCCACCACUGGGACUGCAGUGACUUCCAGGAAGAGGAGGAGUGCCCACAUCCAGAGUUUGCUGCCCUGGCCCCACAGAUGGCCCAGAACCCAGUGACAGGCCUGAAGGAGCCCUACUUCCCACCCCACACCCGUCUUCCCCGCCUACUCACCAGCUCUGCAGCCAUCCUCAUCAUGCUCUGUGUGGCGAUGAUUUUCCUGGUGUCUGUCAUCAUUUACUGUGGCAUCAGCAGCAUUGCAAUGUCCCACACGGCCAACUCUGUGCUCUCUGCCUAGGCUGGUAAUGUUGCCGACAUCGGCAGCACCGUGCUCUACCUGGUACUGAUCCUCCUCCUGGACCAGAUCUACACCCCACUGGCUGAGCAACUCACCAGGUGGGAUGAGUAA